AUGCCCCGGUUUUCCAUGCUUUGGGUAUUCGGUUCUUUUGUAUCCUCACGUCUAGAUCGUACUCUUGACAAACCGUCCUUUCUCUUUCAUUUUCUAAUUGUUUUGUUUGCAUACGCCUUCCUUUUCCUUUGUCUCCGUGAAGAUCCCCGCAUUUCAACUACAACGACAUCUGAAACCCUUAAAGCACUUGCCAUCAAUCACAACACCUAUGAAUUUCGAGCUGCUCGAUUUAACAACUACAUUAGUUCUGAACGCUUUCGUUCUGGUCCUGGCGAACUUGGUCGAGGGGUAGAUACAGGUAUUUCCGAAGAAGAAAUGAAACGAGUUAACGACAAGCAUGGAUACAACAGUUAUGCUUGUAAUAAAACUGCUCUUGAUCGUUCCUUGGGUCAUAGGCCUGCCAAAGAGUGUUUAGCUAUAAAGUAUCCUACUAACCUUCCUACUGCUAGUGUGAUAUUAAUAUUUUUCAAUGAACCCUUUCGAUUAAUAAUCCGGACUGCCUUCUCUGUUGUGAAUCGAACUCCUCCAAAUUACUUAAAGGAGGUUAUCCUGUUAGACGAUGGAAGUACUCAACCUGACCUUCUAGAUUCUAUGAGCACGUAUGUAAAGCAGAACUGGCCUGAUGGAGUGGUACGAAUAGUUCGACUUCCUGAGCGAACAGGUCUUAUCAGGGCCCGUUUAGAAGGAGCCAAGGUCGCAACAGGAGAUGUGCUAAUCUUUCUUGAUGCACAUUGUGAAGUCACUUUCCGGUGGAUAGAGCCUCUGCUCUAUCGGAUUCAACAGAAGCCGGAUGCAGUUGUCUGUCCUGCCAUUGCAAAUAUCGAUCGUUUUACACUGAAGUUCUUUCGAACUGAUGUUCGUUAUACAGAAGAUGGCUGGCUUAGUCUUCGAGUUGGAUCUUUCGCUUGGGAUGGAAUGUAUAUCUUUGAACAUCCACCCCGUAGAUCAGUAAUUAAAAGAGCAAGUAAUGCUGAUCCCAUCGAGUCGCUAACAAUGCCAGGUGGAUUGUUCGCAAUAAGCAGGAAAUACUUCUUUGAUCUCGGUGGAUAUGAUGAAGGUAUGGAGAUUUGGGGUGGAGAGAACCUAGAAAUAUCAUUCCGCAUAUGGCAGUGUGGAGGCAGCCUUGAAUUCACUCCAUGUUCGACAGUUGGUCAUGUCUAUCGUGUCAUCCAUCCAUACUCUUUCCCUGGCAUAAAGGACUACAAUGGCCAUAAUAUUGCAAGAAUGGCGGAAGUAUGGAUGGACAUGUAUAAGGAGAACUUCUACCUCGCACGUGGAGAUCUGAAAAGCAUCUUUCGUUCCCCUAAUUAG